UCAUUACAAUGGAAGGAGGCAGCAUUGCGUUGUCCAUUUUUUACAGUUUAAAAGAGAAAUGCUUUAUACAACGCUUUAAACUUAAGGCUUUAACAUCAGAGGUAAUCGCCUACGACUCAGACACUGCCAGUCUCCAUUGUGACCAGGGACGCAUUAAAGUGCUUUCAGCCAAUUAUGGACGUACAAACAGUGCAACCUGCUCCAGUGGAAAACCAGCCAACCAGAUCUCAAAUAUUCGAUGCACUCAGAGUUUAUCCCUAAAUGUGCUGGCCAGUCGAUGUGAUGGACGAAAAAAUUGUUCCAUUCCUGCGAGUAGCACAGUUUUCGGUGAUUCAUGUGUAGAAACUUACAAAUAUCUAAAUGUGUCCUACAUCUGCAUACCAUCAAAUGCAAUAAUACAAAAAAUACUUGUGGAGGAGGCACAUUCAGUAUCAACUGAAAUCCAAAUAAAACCGGGGUGCAGUUUAGCAGCUUUUGCAUCUGAACUCUUCAUUUAUAGUUAGCGUCCAGAGCAGAAAAGACAGAAAAAGCGCAGCUUGAAGCUGAGCUAUUUUAUCUUGUCAGGAUUUAUUUAUCUGCACAGUCAACAUGCAACAAGGAAGGCUGGGCUUUGUGUGUGUGUGUGUGUGUAUCUGUGUGCUAGCCUAAGCCUUUUGCUAUAUUUUUACUGUUUGUACACAUUGAUGACGUGGCAGCAUUUGCGUGCGCAUUUUGGCAACAGAAGUAUGGCAAGAAUUAGCAGUGAAGCAACAUAAACAGAGAAAGUUAUUUUAAAAAGUUGACUUAUCAACUUUUUCAACACAGCUACCAGAUCUGUGUACUAUAGUGGAGUGGAUAGAAGACCUUAGCAGAUGGCCAAAUAUAAAGUGUCCAGAUAUAUAUAUUUGUGCAACCAAACGCAACAACCAGACAUUUUGAUGCUGGGGAAGCAUUUUGAUAAACUUUGAGUUGCUAACACGUUAGAACCACUGGGCAACAACACUACUUCUGUUGCCAAAAUGCGCGCGCAGUCUAUUUCACUGCCAAUAUUAUGAAGCUGCAGACUCGGAGCCAACCCCGCCCAUAGACAGUAAAAGAACAUUGCCGUCAUUGUUAUAGUAUGACCCCUUGAUCAUAAGCAAACUACAUUAGACCACAUUUGAAGUGGAUCAAUACCUUUUAUAAGUCACGCAUUUUGUACACCCGUUCUUGUCUUAGGGCAGUGCUUCUCAAAUAGUGGGGCGGGACCCCCAGGGGGGGCUCGAAACGACACCAGGGGGGGCGCGCGAGACCCUGGGGAAAAAUACUUUUUCAGGAAGUGUUUUUUUUGCACUGUCACUUAAAGACAUUACACCCCAAUCACGCUGAUAAGCCGCUUGAGUUUUUAUUAUUAUUUAUUGAUUAUAUUUAAUUUAAUUUUUCAGUAUCAAACGGUCAAAAAAUAUUAUACUUUAAACAAGGAUUGAUUUUUUCAGGCAAAUUGAUGCAUUUUAAGUCUUUUCUGUUACAGACUAAAAAACAAUGUUAAUAAAGUUAUUCUUUGCUGCAAGUUGAUCGAUAUUUCUUUUUUUGUGUUUUCUUUAAAGUUAAUAAGGAUACAAUGUUUUGCAGAUGUGUCAUUUU